AUGUUCUUCUUCGUCUCGUUGGGUCUGUCCAUCUGCGCUCACCGGCUGUCUCCUUUCCACCCUUUGUCUAAGAUUCCCGGCCCAAUUCCUUACAAGGUCACCAAGCUGUACGGCGCAUGGAUAUGCUGGAAAGGACAUCAGUACCUCGAUUGGAAGGACCUCCAUGACGAGUACGGGCCCAUAGUCCGAACCGGACCCAACGAAGUGUCGGUCAUAGACGUUCAAUCAAUUAACGCAGUCUUCGGGGCAGGAGGACUUCCGAAAGGAAUCUAUUAUACAUGCCGACACGUACCUCCUCCUGGAUCCACUAGUCUCAUACUAUUGACUGGCGCUUCGCAUGCCAGUAGACGACGACGCUGGUCCAGAGGCUUAAACGCCCAGGCGCUUAAAGACUACGAGGUCCAUAUCUCAGAGAGAGCGACCCAACUAACGGAAAAAAUCAAAGACCUGAAUUCUGAGCCUCUAGACUUGGUUCCAUGGCUGAACUAUUUUACCGUGGACUUCAUGGGAGAUAUGGCGUUCGGAGGCGGUUCAGAAUUGAUGGCAACUGACGGCCAGGGUGACGGGAUCUUCGACAUGCUGGAAAUUUACUGGAGAGUCAUAUCCGCGGUCUGCCAUAUUCCAUGGGCAUACCAAGCCACUGUGUUCACAGUUUCGCUCCUCUCGAAGACAUUUGCGGGGAUGAGGCCGUACGCAAUACGUUGUGCCACCAAUCGAGUACAAGGUGGUUCGAAGACGAAGGAUUUAUGGUAUCAUCUAAUGGAUGAAGAAGAUAUUGAGAAAUUUAAGCCGCCCUUGAAUGAUGUCGUCGCCGACGGACUGUUGGCGAUCGUAGCUGGAGCAGACACCAGUUCUUCAGCAAUGAGUUGCAUGUUCUGGUGUCUCUUGUCGGAUCAUGAAUGUCUCAAGCGUUUACAGCAUGAGAUAGACACCGUGUUCCCCGACGGUGCGAACGCUUUGGAUGUAUCAAAGCAUUCUGAGCUUCCCUAUCUGAGAGCCUGCAUCAACGAGACGCUGAGGCUGUUUCCACCAUUACCUACGAAUGGUCCACGCGAAGUACCGAGGGGUUCACAUGGGAAAGUCGUCUUUGGCCAUCUCUUGCCUGGAGGCACACAAGUCUACAUCCCACCUUAUACCAUCCAUCGUAAUCCCCAGUAUUUCUCUCCCUUCCCUGACAAGUUCGUUCCUGAAAGAUGGAUCACGAGCUCUGGCUUCUCAGAGAAUCACAACCUUAACGCAUUUAUUCCCUUUUCAUCUGGUCCUGCGAACUGUGUUGGGAAGAAGUUGGCUAUGCAGGAAAUGAUGAUGCUGACAAGUCUACUGGUGCAGAAGUUUGAUAUGCGUUUUGCAGAAGGAUUUGAUAGCGCUGCUUGGCCGCUUGGUAUUCUUGACCAUUUCGUAACAACCCGGCCGAAUCUUCCUGUGGUGAUGACUCCGAGAGCUCAGUAA